AUGUCUAGCGGCUCUGAUGCUACGUGGCUCUCCUUGCUUGAAGAAAAACGGACAGAAGUAACCGCAAUCAUUGGGCAAGGCUACGGCAAACCCUCCAAGUUCGGAAGUCCUACCGAUGGAUUUGCUUUUCGUUCUGCAUUCGAGCAGCUCUGCAAGAAGAGACGAGAGAAAAAGGCUUCUCCACUGGAGGCCAAGCUGCUACCAUCUUUCGACAACAUUGUUGAGCUAGUUACUGCAGUCGGUGGAUCUGUACCAGAGCUGCGUGGUCUGGAGCCCAGUGAAGCUCUCGAGGGCCUUAUUUGGUCAACUUCGUUCGCGGCGAUUGAGGUGAAGAGCUCUGCCAUGAGGUGUUACCUGACUAACACCGUACAGAGUGGGUGCAGAGCUGGAGCUGGCCUUGGACCGCUUUCAGCACUGCUGGCCGAUGUGUGCCUGAAGGUACCCAAGUUCUCUUCGAACAUUGGCCGUUUCCCCAACGAGAAGAAGGUGCAGAAGCCUCUACAAGAAGUCUAUACGGCGUUCAUCGACGCACAGUUGUUCGUUCUUCGAAACCUUGAGCAAAGGUCCUGCUCAACCGGCUUUGAUCCUACACAAGAUGCGGCCCUGAAGAAAAACAUCAGCGAAACAGGCACACUGCUGGAGGAGGCAAGAGGUAGAUUUGAUCUUCAAGCAAAUCAAGCAGCGUCGGACGAAGAACGAGCGAAGUCGGAAAUAGAGCAACCAACGCUUGAUGCUCAGCUUACUCUACCGGGACUUCUCCACCACAGUUCUGGCCGAGAGAUACAAGUGCGAUUCGUUGAGAUGAGAAGACUAGGAGGAGGAUCAUUCGGGGAGGUAGACGAAGUCCGAGAGCUCACUACGGGAAUUUCAUAUGCUCGAAAGCAUAUCCACUUCGAUCGAGAGGAUUCCGAGGAAGCAAUUGAGGAAGGAGUGAGGAACGAGGUACAGAUCAUGCAAAAACUUCACCACCAGCACAUUGCGACGGUACUAUUUUAUCUCAAAGAAGACGCUGCGUUCAGUAUUUUUAUGCUACCCGUCGCAGACAGUGAUCUUCUCCACUUCUUUGGUCGUUGCGAGAGAGAAGAUUAUCCUGCGGCAUUAACAAAGCAAAUAUAUCCCUGGUUCGGAUGCUUACUUGACGCUCUGGCCUACGCGCACAAAUUGGAAAUCAAGCAUCGAGAUAUUAAACCUUCGAAUAUCUUGAUCAAGAAUCAUCAACCAUAUCUAUGUGAUUUUGGGCUUGCUAGGGACCUCUCGGAACAGGUCACUAGCGCUUCACAUAGUCAGAAGGUACAUGGAAGUCUUGCGUAUCGUGCGCCGGAAUCAUACCCUAACAAUCCUCGUGGCCGUAGGGCCGACGUUUUUGCCCUUGGCUGUGUAUAUUCUGAGAUGUUCAAUAUUACGCAAAAGCAAUCGCUAGAAGACUAUCGGAGUGCUCGAUGUACAAAUGGCUCGACAGCGUUUCGCGAUUGCCUUCCGAAGGUACAUAAAUGGCUCAAUCAAUUUGAACGAAAAGGCCUGAAUGAUCUGUUGGUGGUUCAGAUCUUGAGCAUGAUAGAUAAGGAUGACAACAAGAGGCCUGCGUCCCAGAAAGCUGUGAAUGACCUCAGGCAUGAGCGGGCGCUAUUUUGUGUGGAGUAA